AUCAAAGACAGCACAUCACUAUUUCCGGUCAUCGUGUUUGUGCACGGCGUCAGCUAUGACACCGGAACCGGCAAUGCAUACGACGGAAGUUACCUGGCCGCCUUCGGUCACGUGAUUGUUGUGACCUUGAACUAUCGAGUCGGAGUUUUAGGUGCGUCUUUUUAA